UGUGUGAUUGUACUCUUUAUGGCCACACUAACAAAACAACAAAGGCAGAGUGGUCAGAUGGGAGCUAGAGUAUGUCAUGUAAUCAACAAGACAAUGAUGAACCUAUGUAAACGCUCCUAGGAUGCUUCAGUUUUAAGUUGUGGAAGGUGUUGUCAUUCCCCCAUACAUGUACAGGUGUUUAUUAGCAAUGUGGGAAAUCCCAAGCAUCCUGAAAGGUGUCGCAGUGGUGACACAGUUUGGUUUUUAAUCCUCCUGAAGGCAGUGUGUGCAUACAGCAUGAGUCAUUGGUUGAUAUGGCUGUUGGGAAUUAUCAGUGCAUGAUACAGUAAUUCAACAAGUGUGUCCAGCUGAACGGCUACACUGAUUACAGCAGCUGGACACUGAGUACAUCCCUCACAUCUGUAGUGGAGUGUGUAAAUGGACGUGAUGCCCAGUGAUUGGCCGUGCAAACUUGCCUUGCUACGGAGGUGGACUUAAGCAAAAGAAUCUCAGUUGAAACCCGAGAAGCAGCUGUUUGGAUAAGUUGUAAGAUGUCGGGAGAAGAGGAACAGCCAAAUUGUGCCCCAUUUGACCAGAACAUGUCCCAGAACUCGGAUGCUGGUCUGAAUCUCUCCCAGCCUCUGUCACAAGACACAUUCAACCUGCUGUGGUCACAGAUCAAUGGAAUGACAGACAAUGGGAAUCUCAUUUCAUCCUAUGGGGAUCCUACAUCCUGGAACUUUUCAGAGUUCCAACCUGGGGAAAUGAUCGAAAACAACAUUGAUGUGCAGUUACAGCACGUUGAGCUGGCUCCACAAGGCAUUGCUCCAGACAUUACUAACUUUCCUCAGACCCAGUCCUUCCAGCCCAAUAUGUUGCCAGACAAUGCUGCUCCAGGACCUCCAUUAUCCGAGUAUUCCACUGAUACAACCACCACUACCCCACCUCCAACUAGUGCUGCAUCUCAAGCCUUGCCUAGCAAUGUGGACUAUACAGGAGAUUAUGGAUUUGAAAUUUACCUUGGCCAGCCAACCUCAACUGCUGCCAAAAGUGUCAGCUGGACAUACUCACAGACGCUCAAGAAGUUGUUUGUAGACAAGGACAAGGCUUGUCCAAUAAUGUUUAAGACCACCCAUGAGCCACCGGCAGGUAGCUACAUCAGGGCCAUGCCUAUCUUCAAGAAGCCAGAAUACAUUCAGGAGACUGUCCGCAGGUGUCCCAACCACACAGGCCCGUCAGGAGAACUCUCUGGCCAUCAUCUCAUCACUUGUUCCGAUCCCAGUGCCAUCUAUGAGGAAGACCCAACAACAGGCAGAAUGAGUGUGAUGAUGGCCUAUAACAUGCCCCAGGUGGGCACGGAGCAUACUACCUACCUCCUGACCUUCAAGUGCUUCUUAUCAUGUGUUGGAGGUUUGAACAGGAGGCAGAUACAGACCGUCUUCACGCUGGAAAACAAUGGCCAAGUUCUGGGAAGGCAGGUGAUUGAUGUCAGGGUUUGUGCUUGUCCAGGGAGAGACCGGAAGGGAGAAGAGAAACAUCAAUCUGACAAACAGAGCAAGAAACCAUUGAAGAGGGGACAGAGUAAAAUGUCUCAGUCGUUCAGUGUUACUCAUAUCGGAGGCAAAAGGAAGAAGCCUGAUGAGGAAGUGUACUGCAUCAUGGUGAAAGGGCGUGCCAACUAUGAGAUACUGAUGCGUAUCAAGGAAUCACUUGAGUUGAUGUCUUACGUCACCCAGGAUCAACGUAACCAACACAAGGCAGAGCAAGCAAGACUUCAGCAACAAAUUCCCAACAUGCCUCGAUUCAACUCGUUCUCCAGCAGUGCUUCCCAGCAGCAAGGCUCUUCCCCUCUCAACAAUCCCCCUCUCCUGCCCAGUCAACCGUCCCUAGAAUCCCAGAUGGCUGCCUUGCAACGUCAUGGGACCUUGCCCUUACACACUCUUGCCCGUCAUCAGACACCGCAUGCUGAGGUUGUGACCUCCAAUAGUGUUCGAGACCACUGUGAUGGCCCCUCAGCCAUGGAAGUGGAUCAGCAGCCCAAGUUCACCGAUGAUGUGGUCUCCUCACAGGAAAUCUCCAGCAGCCAGAUGCUGGGAGGUCAGAGUUCUCCGAACGGUCAAAGGUCAGAGGAUCAAGCAGGGUUGGGUCACAUGGGCCUGAGCCAGGUGGCAGGAACCAGUCAGGUGUCUCCUGUGGAUAGGAGCAUUAGAAGCUGGCUUGGAGGCCUUGGAUGCCAGCAGUAUAUUGAUAUCUUCACCAAGAAAGGAGUACGCACGAUUGACCAACUUGAUGAAAUCAACCUAGAGCAGGACUUUACUGGUAUUACCAUGCCCCAACAACACCGGGAGAAGCUUUGGAAAGCCAUCCUACAUCUGAGAAGACCACCCAUCUUUACCAGCACACCCAGCAGCUUGCUGCGGACUGGUAGCAAUGCCUCCACAGCUAGCUUUGGUAGUCUGUCAGGCUUGUCUGCUUCACAGGUCCAGCGCAUCCAGGCGACAAGAUUCACCUUGAAGCAGACUAUGUCCUUCAAGGUGAAGGAAGAGCAACAGGAUGAUGAAGAGGACAGUUAGUGGGAUGAGGAUGGUGUCUGAAGCAAACAACCCCAAAGGCCAGUGCUCACCCCAGUGACAAGCCAAACUUGACACCAUACUGGGAACUGACAUGAAGAUAUGAAGGUAUUCACUAAAACUAACAGAGCAGAUGACAAAUAUGGGUACAGUUGAUGGGUCAGUGGAAUGGAAACAAAGAGUGUCAUGGAGAACUGAGGUUUUAUCGUGCAAAAUGAAUUGACAUUAAAGCUUUAUGUGAUAACAUGCAAGGUUAAAAGCAAAACAUCUGAAAUGACAUCAGUUUUUGCACUACCAAGUAGAAGUUGAAAGCCGACUCUCUUUUAGUCACUUUUGAGAUUUAUUUAAUCCAACUUUUAUGGGUACAGUGGAGUCUGUAUAAGGAACUGAGCCUCAGGAAUUUGUAAAAAGCAGCUUCAGUGUGCUGUGUCAACUGAUAACGCAUAGACAGAUGAUAUUUGACCCGUCAGGAGGUAAUAGCAAAGGUAAAGAUAUAAGUAAUGGUUCAACAAAGACUUGUGGGUUGAUUUCAAUGUCUGAUUCUCUAGAAAUGUGACUCCAUAGAGACUUUAAGAUCAUUGUAAAUAUCUUGAUAAACUACACUGAGCUUGGUGUGAUAAUAGACUUACAUGACUGUAUGCAUAGAUCUAGUAAUGUGUCUAAGGAUGUUUACAGAAAUGCUGGCACCUGAGUGCUAUUUGCAUGACAUUACACAUGGAUCUGGUAUGAUAGCCAUUGAAUGUAUACUGUCAGACUUGAAUUAAGUCUACUAAAGAUGUACAUAUACAUACAAUGUAUAAGUAACCUUCCUGUUUACAUCAUUGAAAGAUGUAUGAUCCCAUAAUGCCAAUCACAAAGCCAAGUAUAUUUAUAUGUGACAUUAAAACAAACAUGUUGCUUUAAUUAAAUAUUUUGUACCAAGUGUGGAUGUCUUUGAUAAUCAUACCAAAUUUUGUUGGACAGUGACAUCCAAAUGUGCUGUGUAAGUUCACUUGUUUGUCCAAGGUUUGUGUGUAGGAGGUACUACAUGUAAGAGAUGCAUGCAAAGCUUGAGUAGACAUCAUAGAACUGUAGCUUACAUUAAAUGGCUCAGCCAAAAAAGCUAGACAUGUAGCUCUUUGAAAUUGGGUUCCUCAAUUGGGCCUUGAUGGAAAACUUGUAAAUAAAUGUACAGGAGCGUAAUCCCUGAGCGUAUAGGUACACUUUUUGGCGUGUAUCUGGUUCAUACUGUAAUUGUGACGUCACAGCAGUUUAAACAACCCCCAUUGCACAUAGAGUUACAUAGAACCAUGGAUUUGGAAUUAAUGUACAACUUAAAGUGUUUUGUGUUGUGGAAGCUUGCAAUCAGUGGCAUAUCCGUGUGUAUGACGAAGUCACUUACCAACCGGAUAGCAAUGAAUUUAGCAGUAUUACUACAUAUACAGUUGGGGCAAAAAGUUUACAUACAAUUGGCAGAAAAACAGAUUUCCUCAAUAGUUUUUUCAAUUUUUUCUUCAUGAGGUCAAGCAAAUUGUAUCUCAACUUAAUGUCCAUAGUGUGUACUUCAAUUGGAAAUACUCAGAGAGAUUUAUUUUGGUUCAAAAUAUUAAUAUUUCUAAAAUGUGAAAAUUUGCAUUUACCCCCUUAUUGUCAUUCAAAAACUUUCAGA